AUGCCGCAACUCAAGAAGAAGAAGGCUGAUGCUGAUAAGGGUGUACCUAUCCCAGAGUUUUAUUGGGCGACCAGAUCAGGGAGGGUGCGUCCGGAACCUGCUCGGUCCACCGAAUCUGUAAGCGGGAGGAGUGGACGUCAAACUGGAACCACAUUGAACGAGGACAGUCAGCACACCGACACUGUGCAUCCAGAGGAACCCAAUGGCAAUGACGAUUCGGAGGCAGAAGCAUCCAAUCAUGACAACGGAGAAGGUAGUAAUCCAACUGGAUUAGAACCACCCCCUGCGACUAAAAAGAGGGGACUGUCCAAAGGGUAUGAGAUAAUGAAGAGAACCGGAAAUGGAGGAAAGAUAGAUGGAAUUUACGUAAUGGAAAAUGGGCAGUCAUUCGUAGUGCCAAAUGAGAGCUUGCUGAAGAGAGAGUUGGGCGUCAUAACACGCCUGAUGGCCCCGAUAAGGAAGUACUACUGGUCCAAGUUGACUGAAGCAGACAAGCACCCGUUAUUCAAGAAGCUAGAGGAUGAAUUUGACAUAGACACAUGA